AUGACACAAGAUAGAAACUCAAACAAAGUCAAAGUAGAUUUUUGUCUGUUCGAUUUAGAUGGGACUUUAGUCAACACUAUCAAAGCCAGUGAAGCAGUCUGGAGAAACCUAUGUAAAGAAUACGGCGUGAACCCAGAAGAGCUAUUCAAACAUUCCCACGGUUCCAAAACAGGUGAAAUCCUAGAAAAAUUCUUCCCUGCAUUAGAUAAUACUGAUAACAAAGCAGUUAGAGAUUUAGAAAUCUCCAUGGGAAGAGAUUAUCUCGAUUCUGUUUUCGCCGUGCCUGGUGCCAAAGAUCUCCUUCAACAAUUGAAUAUCCCUUCACCUGACACCACUGAAAGAAAAUGGGCUAUUGUGACCAGUGGCUCCCAUUAUAUCGCCUUCGGUUGGUUCAAGUCUAUCUUGGGAGAUAUUGAAAAACCUGAUGUUUUCAUCACUGCGUUCGACGUGAAGACAGGGAAACCAGAUCCAGAAGGUUACGCAAAAGCUCGUGAUCAAUUGGCUGAGAAGACUUGUCUAAAGACAGCCACUGAUCAAAUCAAGACAAUUGUUUUUGAAGAUGCCCCUGUAGGUAUUCUUGCCGGGAAGGCAAUGGGUGCUCUAACUAUUGGGAUCACUACCACUUUCCCUAAGGAUGUCCUAUUCAAUGCCGGGGCAGAUUUCGUCGUGGAAGAUUUGACACAUGUUAAGAUGCUUAAGAACGACCAAAAUGGGAUUGUCUUGGAAAUUAAUGAUUCCUUGUCAAGAUAG